AUGAUCCAAUCAUUUCAAAUAAGAAAGUCAUACCUGCUGGGGCGCGUCGCCCCGCAACGCGUCCGCAUAAUUGAUUUUUCAACACGCGAAACCCUCCAAAAACCCAUCCACAAACCUCGGCAUCGUUCAUUUGUUCUCACCACAACGACCCCCACUACCGCACGACGCACCAUGCAGGAACCCUCCGUGAGCAGUUCCGCUGAUUCGAGUCUGGGACGGUUUUCACUUUCCCCCUUGUCCCUUCCGGGGGGCCAGAGUUCCCCGCCGUCGGCAAAGAAACAGAAGACCUCUCACACACCGGGCUCGGCUAAACCGAAACAAACGUUGUUGAAGCCUCAGUCAAUACUUAACAAUUCGAAGAAGCCGCAAAGCACUUUUUCCUCCCAAGGCCCCAAGGGGAAAACGGGGAAGAACGGCUCUAUAUUGAGUUUCUUUAAACCGGUGUCAGCGGGUGCGGAAGGAAAGGACGCGGGCGGUGGCUAUGGAUCGGAUGGAAAGAAACCCGUGGAAUUUGGAGCAAAAGACGACGAUUUGUUUAUCAAACAUGGAGGAUACAACUUGGAUGUCUCUGACCCGGAGGAUGAAGGUGAUAGUUGGUCUCAGGAAUCUAAAAUCGUUGGUAGGCCGGACUUUAUCGACGAACUCUCGGGAGCUGAGGGGGGUAUCUUCACAAGAUUGGAGGUUCAGGAGGCUUUGGGAGAACAGAAACCGAACCCAGACAGCACAUUUGAACUUGAGGGUGUGGCUUUGGAGGGAGGAACCGGCACUAAGGAAUGCAAACCACCUCCACCCUCAUUACAAGAUCCGACUCUGGUCCAUGCCGCCCUACCCGAGACGCCGCUUCCAAAACCUGAUACCUCUACGGGCAUGGCCUUCGAUCCAGGGAGUUUGAAGCUAGAUCGGGGUCGCUCAAUGCUGUUCAGUAGAAAGGGUUCUACGCCAAGCCCCUUUCGCGGACUGAAAAAACGCCCUUGGGCAGGUAUUACUGGCUUAGACGCACCAGGUGAUGGGCCUUCCGUGGAGAGCACUAGUGACCUAGCCUGGAAAUUAACGCUGGAGAAAACUAUGGCUGAAAAGGAGGUCACGCAUGCACCGGAGGACAAGGGGAGUCAAUUUAUUAGGGAGACGUCCACCGAAAUCGAUGGGCUCCUCCCGAACGGAUCACAGAAAGAUCGUGCUAUCUUGAUUGAUGACUUCGAGAAUAUCGAGGACUUUGAAGAGGUAGGGUUCGAAGAAAACGAGGACAGACACCCUUUUGAUCCAAUCUCUGGAGCAAUAGAGCAAGGCUUUCAGGACUUGGACGACCUCUCUCCCGAGGAAAUUCAAAUGAUCAUGGAACCAGAUAAUAGAAACCGGGGUAUAUCGCGGGAUGAGGAAAUAAUAUAUUGCCCAAUAUGUGCCGUUGAAAUUACGGGUUUAUCAGAGCAGGUUGCGAAUUCUCACGUCAAUGGCUGUAUAGAUGGCCAGCCAGUGCCGCUACCAUUCUCCAAGCCCAGCGUACAAGCUCCAGUAGUAUCUCCGUUCUUCCUCAAAGGCCCCUCGCAUAUAUCGAAAGUUCUGGAGUCACCCUCGGCAUUCGCAAAGAUAAUGUCCCGCAACAUUGAGUCACAAGCAUGGGCGGCUGCCACGAAGUCCGAGACGGAGUCGCGUGGGAAACGGGGCGCGCAAAAAAUAUGUCCAUUUUUUAAGACAUUAUUUGGAGGGUCAAUAACCGUGGAUGCGUUCAAAUACGGCAGCAUUCCCGGGUGCCGGGCAUACUUUCUUAGCCACUUCCACAGUGACCAUUAUAUCGGUCUGACCUCUAAAUGGAACCACGGUCCUAUAUGGUGUUCCCGUGCUACAGCCAACCUUGUGCGCAUGAAAUUAAGAGUCGAUCCCCAGUACGUGCGAGAAUUCCCGUUUGAAAAGUGGACAGACGUGGUUGAUGGAAUUCGGGUGAGGGGAUUGGAUGCGAACCAUUGCCCGGGCAGCAUGCUAUUCUUAUUCGAACAGGACUGGGCCGAAAAACGGGGCAAACAGAGAAUUCUUCAUUGCGGUGAUUUCAGAGCUUCGGCAAAGCAUCUGAAUCACCCUCUGUUGAAACCGGGAAAAAGCGGCGUUAAAGGGAAAAAGCUGGAUUCUGUAUACCUUGACACCACAUACCUGGAUCCGAAAUAUGCAUUCCCUAGUCAAAAAAGUGUCAUCAAUGCUUGCGAAGAACUUUGCGUGGGACUUAAUAGGGAAUCGGCUUAUGUUCCGAGAAGGAUAUCUGCGAGUGGGGCAGCUUUGAUAACCGGGAUGGGGAAAUUCGUACAAGGUAGCGAAGUUGGUGGAAAGGGGAAAGGGAAGCUCCUCGUCGUUGUGGGAACCUAUAGCAUUGGAAAGGAGAAAGUCUGUUUAGGCGAGUCAUUCAUCCCAGGCGAUGAGAUUGUAUCGGAUAUCGUGGUAUUAAUUGUUCCUUAAAAUUAACAGGAGUAGCAAAAGCUCUUGGCUCCAAAAUUUUCGCACCGCCGGAUAAGAUCAAAAUUUGCCAGUGCCUUGAGGACGAAGAGCUUGACUCGAGAUUAACCAGCGACCCGAAUGAAGCGCAAGUCCACAUGACACCACUAAUGAAAAUUGAGCCUAAGGUUCGCUCUCCCUCUCCCUCCCCAAGAAUCUCCCCAACUACUAACAAUGAACACAGUCCUUGCAAGACUACCUCAACAAGUUCAGCCCACACUUUUCUCGCGUAGUCGGCCUCCGCCCCUCCGGCUGGAGCUACAGAGUAAGUUGCUCUGCAACUCACGGUGUAUCAAUAUAAUAGCUGACCGAAAUAAACUCAGCCGCCAUCAAACCGCUUUACGGACUCCCCUUCUGUAAACAACGUUCUUCACUCCGCUAGCUGGAAGGGGGAGUACAAGGUGUCGGAAAUGUACCCUAACCGUACAAGUACCAGAACUUCAAAAUGUUAUUCAGUGCCGUACAGCGAGCACAGUAGUUUCCGAGAGUUGACCAUGUUCUGCUGCGCGCUGAAUAUUGGGAAAAUCAUUCCUACAGUCAAGUAUUUCUCCUGAUCUUCCAUACUCUCCCCAUUAACCUACUGACGAGGAGCACGUAGUGUUGGCAGUGAGGCAAGCAGAGAUAGGAUGAGCAGAUGGUUUGAAAAGUGGGAGGUUGAGAAGAGGAAAAACGGGCUUUUCAAAAUAGAGGGUGAGGAGUUCUAGCUUCUGACUAGUGGUUCUGAUACGGCGUUCUGAAAGGGUGCUACUAUUGAUGAGCUAUGUAUUACAUAUUUGCUGUCUCGCGUCGUAUAAUAACGUUUAUGGGUGUGCAUAAGUGUUGUUUUUUUCUUUCGGGGGGGGUUUCAUUUCCGUUUUACAUGCACUGUACGGUACGUUACGGUCUCUGUAAAUGAUAGAUCCAGUGGGAUACGAAUAUAAGCGGUUUUUCCCCACGUCAGGCAUGGAAGAUGAAGACACCGAGUGAUGUCUCGCAACCCCCAGACGCAGGCAUGCACCCAAUACCAGUAUCAGCACUGUCUCGGAUCACACCAGAAAAGUGGCCAGGGUAGAUCCCUCAGGUUGGUCAUACAAGUACUCGUACGUUAAUCCAACGACCACCCCACCUUUUGCGACCCAACCUAUGAUCCUCCUGCUCACGUUCACCGUCCAGCCAGAAACGCAGUGGAUUGGAGGGAAACAAAUAAAUAAUCGUACCAACCGUGACUAAGCCAUGUUACAGUUCCCCAAUCCCCCUCACCCGGGUCCUAACCAUCAAGAAAUAAAUAAAUAAAUAAAGAAAGAAAGUCCAUAAACCCUCGAUACAUAAUUACCUACACGGAAAGGGAAUAUAAAAAAAAUGGGUGUGGGGGAAGAGAAUAAAAAAAUGAAUAAGAAGACUAAGGUGGGAGGGAGGAGAUGGGAGGAAAGAAAAUGCCAUGAGGUGAGAGAAUGGUGCAUCACGCCCUCCAGAAUCUCAAAAGCACCUUCUUAGGCGCCACCGUCAACGUCAGAUCCAUCAUCGGGCCGGUAUAGGUAUCAGCAACUUCGAUCCUCGCAUACUUUUGCAAGAUUCUGGUUACGGUGUAUGAAGCCUCGGUCAGGGCGUAUUGUUCUAUCCGCACAACAAGUCAGCAAACCUCUCCACUAUCUAUUACCAGAGGGUGGAUUAAAAAAUAAAAAAAAGCAUACGUCCAAGACAGAUCCUCGGUCCCCCGUUAAAGGGCAAAAACUCCCAGCCUCGCCCUACACCUUCUCCCCACCUCUCCGGGCGGAAAGUGUCCGCAUCCUCGCCGUACAGGUCCUUUCUCCUAUGAAGUCCAUAACAAGAAUAGUCCACCCUCUGUCCUUUGGGUACGAAUACAGGGGAUAGCCCGUCCUCCCCGCCACCGCGCGGGAGGAUGGUGUUGCGCACCGCGGUACGCCCGUUCAGUGGGACCGAGGGGUACAAGCGGAGGGUUUCGUUGAGUACGUAACGGAGGUAUGUGAGGUCUUUAAGGGCGGAGAAGGAAGGACGCUUCCCCCCGCCAUCCCUACCGGUGCCGAAUGCCGAGAUAAUUUCCUCGCGGAGUUUCUGGUAGAUGUGGGGGUGGCGGGCUAGGAGCCAGAAUAUGAAGCCGAGGAGGCCGGCGGUUGUAUCCCUGUCGACUCUCGUUAAUUGGCUCCUUGGAGGAGGGGGUGGGGGAGGGGGAGUGAUUACCGUCCAGCGAGAAGGAUAUUCAAAGUCUGGUCACGAAGGUACUUGGGAUCCUUGGUUUCGGCAGCAAUAGCAUCCAGGAAAACAUACUUCUUCUCGGAAAUCUUCUUCGCGCGCUUCUCAGGGUGCAACGCCAUAUCAACGUAUCUAUCUACAAGCCUAUGCACAAUCGCAUUCGCAUCUCUAAACCUCUUUGGGUUUAUCAUCCAGUACAGUCCCCGUACCCUCGUGCGGUUGAUCAAAUAUCCCUGCGAAACAUUAAACGCCUGGGCGAACGACAUCUCUCCGCCGCCAUCCCCGGUGGGGUUCAGCUCGGGAGAAAGCAAGGAAUCUACACUCUCCCCGAGCAAAAACUCGGUCGCGGAGUCCAAGGUCAGGCAAUAAAACAAUGGCUGCAAGUCCGCGACUUCACCAUCCCCCUCUGGCAACCGAUUCAUCAACCGCUGGACGUGCACCUCCAACGCUUCAAUAUCACUGACUUGCUCCCUCGAAAACUGCGGCCUCAAAUUCGCCCUAGAAUGCUCCCAUCCGGGGCCGUCGAGGGUGAAUAUCCCGUCUCCAAGUAGUGGGUAAAAAUUAGCGUGACGUUGGGGGCCUAAGCCAAAGUCCUUGAAAUUUGUCGCGAGUAUGGCUUUUAUAUUCUCUGGCUCAACGGUGCCGAUGCUCGUGCCGAUUAGGAUGCGGCCUUUCCAUGUAUUGCCGUAGGUUGGAUAGCGGUCCGUGAUAUGCUCGAGAACGUUGCCGCGCUUGGCGGCGCGCAUUAAACGUACCCAGUUUGGUAGGCCCAAGAAGGGGGAGGGGAAGCGGCGGGGUGGGAGGCAGUUAUGGGAUUUGGCGAAUAUGCGGUUUUUAUGAGCCGUUAGGAGAUAGGUUGCUAGUCUUAGCAGGAGGUAGAAGGCCGCAGCUAGGAGGAAGAGGGCCUUGAAUGCUAGCUCCAUGUUGAUGAUGGGGGGGAGGCGGAGCUGGUCGGGAGUCGAUGGGAGCUGAUGCGAAGUGAAGUGGGAUGAAGUGUUGAGUUAUACUUU